AUGACAAACCAAGGCAGCACAAAAGUUCGAUUAGUUAGAUGUCCUAAAUGCAGACAGGUUCUUGCAGAAUUGCCUGAGGUUCCCCUGUACAAAUGUGGAGGUUGUGGCACUGUUCUCCAAGCUAAAAACCGGAGACCAGAGACCCACAGCUCGAGAUUUUCCUCACAAGAAACAUGUUCUGCUGCAAAAAGUCAACCCGAUGAGCUUUUAGAGGCUGGUAGCUCAAGUCAGCCUUUCACAAGUCCACGCGAAAUAGAAACUUUGUCCGAUAAAGACAACACAAGAUGUAAUGGAAACUCUUUGGAACUUCGUGAGGACACAAGCAACCUUUCCAGCUCUCCCGAGGCGCCAGAUGAAGAUGAAAUCCCAAGCUCAGGCGAACUUUCUCUUGAGGCCCAAGUGCGCAGUACGCCAGGAGCCGGUGAACACAUGGAACGACACAAGAAGGAUCAAACUGAACGAGAGGAGUCUGAAAGGGUUCGGCAAAAGGGUGUUGCCUUUGUUGCUAAAGUUCAAAAUUUGCCGGAGCAUGAGCACCUGGAGAGUGUUUUGCCUCCACAGGUGCAUGCAAGUGUUAGCCAGAAAGAAGACUAUCUUCAAGAAAACAAGGCUUCUUCACAUAUUAUUUCCCGUGCGAAUGAAAGUGAUAUAUCACCAUCAACCGGACAGAUCAAGGAAAGUAACACAAAUACAAAUGGGUAUCGUUCUAAUGCUACCUCUCGAUCCCCCUCAAAAGAGAGCCUCGUGUCUUUUUACCUUGCGUCUUCCGAUAAUGAGAUUCCAACUCAUUUUCCUAGGGAUGAGCGUAAAUUUGGAAGAUUUAGCUCCCUAGAUACAUUCGGAAGCUCAUCUCCACCCAUGGCUAAUUACCCAAUAAACGGUACCUACUACGCUUACGACAGUAGUGAAUCUUCGUAUGACGGAAAUUAUGAUCAAGUUCGGGAGCAAAUUUUGCAACACCCAAGAAAGAAUAAGGAUGCUGACAUCAGCAGCAUCGAGUUGCUCGGCAAAAAUGGAGUCAGGGGCCGUGACACGGCCAAUGGUAAACAAGAGUGGGGCCAUGCGAGAAACCACCACUGGAGCCAACCGGUUGAGAGCAAUAAUUACACAAUUGGAAAUCGGAAAAGACUCGACGGACAAGAGGGUUUUUCCAGGCUUCCAUUCCCUUCGAGAGCAAGUGCAGUCCUGGGUCCCGGCCCCGAGAGUUAUCAUCAUCAUAGUUCCCUCCUUAACCGCCCGGUUGUCAAGCCUCAGUGCCCGGAGCCGAAUAAACUCGACCUGUUGAGAACCGUGUGUGAGCUGCAAGAUCAGCUAAGCCGGAUGCAGUUACCGGAAAUCGGGAGGUACAACAAUCACUUCCCUCUCGCAAGAGAGAUGUACUCGGGUGCCCCCCACCAUCCCCACGGUUACAACGUGUGCCCCAGUCAAGUCGAUGUUUGUCCCGGUCAAUGGGAUCCCCCGCACUACAGACCACCGCAGGCCGGCUGCUCCUGCCCACACUGCCUUUCGGGGACCCAAGACUGUCGUUACUCGUCUCAUCUUCCCCCACACAGCCCCCCCAUGCGCGGCAGCAUGUGCUGUGCUGCUCGGCCCAGCAUCUCGAACUCCUCGAGCCCGCUCCGACCAGUGACCGGUGAGGCCCGAGCCUGCCUGAAGCUGAAGGAAAAGUACUUUGCCGGAAAGAGGCAUGUCCGGCCAGUGACCGGUGGGGCCCCCAUGGUCUCCUGCUACGACUGCAUGGAGCUGCUGCUUCUGCCGGCAGAUUUCCUCCUCUUCAACCGGAAGAAAUACCACCGGCUGAAGUGCAGCGCAUGCCGGACGAUCCUGAGAUUCUCGCUCCAUGGCGGGACCCACAUAGUACCCUACAUGCCGGGGCCCAUAACUCCUCCGCCUCCGGUUAGCAAGGCCGCCGACACGCGAGACGGGUCGCGCUACCAUCAGGCGGAACCCUUCAGACGGGCUGCUGAGCCCGUUUCUUGUUCGGAUGACUACAGGGAUGGCCGGUCGAAUGGCAAGGUGUCCUCUGGAAGUUCAUUUGAGGCGGUCGAGGACAGGAAGAUGAAAUCUGUCUUGACCACCAGGUCAAUGGGGAAAUGGAAGGUUGGGCCCACCUUGGAGAUUGAGGAAUUGCCGAGUUCUCCACUUCAUCGGCUGAUGGGGUACUCAUCGCCUAGCCAAGUGCUCGAUGAUUGA